GGGCGUCAACUUGAUCGAGAGCAUCGAGGACGGAGCGUUCAGUUCCCUUCAAUCCCUGGAGGAGCUAAUAUUGUCGGAGAACGAGCUGACUCGCAUCAGGCUGGGCACGUUCAGCGGUCUGAGCAAGCUGCGCCUGCUGGCGCUCAACCACAACAAGAUCAGCUGCGUGGAGCGCGACCGCGUUCAGGCACAUGGGCAAGCUGGAGACCUUCGACCUGCAGUCGAACCCGCUGGCCUGCAACUGCCGGCUGCGCUGGAUGACGCAGUGGCUGCGGGAGCAGCUGGAGGGGGACCUCCAGGUGGGCGCGCACACCUGCGAGCUGCCCGACCGGCUGCGGCGCAAGCCGCUCACGCGUCUAGUCCCGGCCGACUUCCAGUGUGAAGGAGCCGACGGCAGGGAGCAGGCCGGCUGCCCGGCCACCAACUACUGCCCGCGGGGCUGCAAGUGCGUCGGCACAGUGGUCCGCUGCAGCCGCGCCCCAGCUGGCGCACGUGCCCGGCGGCAUCUCCAGCCGCACCACCGAGCUUUACCUUGACGUCAAUCAGCUGGUCAGCGUGACGUCAUCAGACCUACGUCACCUGCGUGCACUGAGGCGGCUGGACCUCAGCAACAACCAGAUCGCCACCGUCGAGAACGAUACCUUUGCCCAGCUGAGCAGCCUGGA